AUGCUGCAGCUGAAUCUCUCGAAGAGAUCCAGCAACAGUAACGAACAUCAUCAUGAUUCUUCUAAGAAAUCCAAACUAACCUUUGAGCUCAAACACGCUUUCCACACCGUCAAAUCUCAAAUCCCUUUAACUCACUGUGUAUGGCUUCUUAUUACCAUAUUCCUCCAGAUCUUAAUCCUCUUCUUCCUCAUCCGCUCCUCUCCGCCUCAUCCACCGCCGUCCAACUCCCAACAGCUGGUAGCACUCAACCCGGACUGCCAAUCCGGUUACGUCUACGUCUACGACCUACCUGCUACUUUCAACACGGAGUUUAUUGACAAAUGUGAGGAACUAGACCCGUGGAAAUCGCGCUGUAAAGCGGUUUCCAACGGUGGGUUCGGGCCCAGUGCUACUGGGCUCGAACGCGUUGUACCGGAAGAUAUCACUCCAGCUUGGUACUGGACUGACAUGUAUGCUGCUGAGGUUAUUUAUCAUAACAGAAUGUUGAGUCAUAAGUGCAGGAUUAUGGAUCCGGAAAAAGCAACGGGGUUUUAUAUUCCGUUUUACGCCGGACUUGAUAUUGGGAAGUUUUUGUGGUUUAAUUAUACGGCGAAAGAUCGAGAUCGGAAAAGUGAAAUGGUUCUCGAUUGGUUGAAAGAGCAGCCGACUUUUACUAGAGCUAACGGAGUAGAUCACUUCAUUAUGCUUGGCCGAUUAACUUGGGAUUUCCGACGAUUAACUGCUAACGAUUCGGAAUGGGGAUCGAGUUUGCUUUACAUGCCAUUGAUGAAGAAUGUGUUCCGUUUAUCAGUAGAAAAGCAUCAAAAUGACGAUUUAGAAGAAAGCGUACCUUAUCCAACAGCUUUUCACCCGAGAUCUGAAUCCGAUAUAGUCCAAUGGCAGAAUUACAUCCGGAACUACGACCGUACAAAGCUCUUCUCCUUCGUCGGAGCUAAGCGUGAGAAAAUCAAAAACGAUUUCCGAGGAGUACUAAUGGAUUACUGUAAAUCCGAAGAAAACUGCCUCGCCGUCGACUGCGCCACCACCGUGUGUUCCGACGGAGCUCCGGCGAUUAUGGAAGCGUUUCUAGAUUCCGAUUUCUGCUUACAGCCUCGAGGAGAUGGGUUAACUAGACGGUCUACUUUUGACUGUAUGUUAGCUGGUUCAAUCCCGGUUUAUUUCUGGAGAGGAACAUUUAAAGGUCAGUAUGAAUGGCAUCUGCCAUGGAUGGCGGAGAGUUAUACAGUGUUCAUCGAUCAUGAUAAUGUGAGAGAUACAAAUGGGAGUUUGAUUCUGCAAGUUUUGCAAGGGAUUCAUAAAGAUAAGGUGAAGGAAAUGAGAGAGACGUUGAUUAAUCUUCUUCCUAAAUUUGUUUACGCAACGCCAGGUAAAGAUUUAGGGAGUGUUAAAGAUGCAUUUGAUAUCACCAUUGAUAGAGUAUUGAAGAGAUUGAAGUCUCGCAGAGAUCAGUAUUUUGAAUCGUAA